AUGAACUCCGAGUUGGAUCACCCCGCCAAUGACGUUGUAGAUUCCCUCAUCGCCCAUUAUAUGAUGUGCUACGAGUUGCAGACACAACUACGGGCACUCCUACAGGUCUCCAUAAAUAAUUGUACAGCUGCGCGAUUUAUGCUAAUGGAAAAUGAGGAACGGGAACGCCGUAUCAUCGCAGAAACCAGUGAGUUAUCGUAUACCACUAUAGUUUCGUCGGCUCAACACACGCGGGCCGCUAUUAUACAACGGGACCUGCUGCGGUUAGAAUACGAGGAUGUAGAGCGGGAGCACCGUCAGAAGGAGGAGCUCGUUCGGAAGCAGCACUUGGUGGAGCAUCAUCGACAGGAAAGGCUUUUGGAAAUGUGGCAGGAGAAGGCAAACACGGCCGUUGACAGUCUCAUGUUGCACCAGACUCUGACGGUUCAUGAAAGGAAAGAGAAGGAGCUGUUGAUGGAGGGCGCAAGCGCUCGUCUCGAUUUGAUGGCGGAACAGAGUGCCGAUUUACUUCGAAUUUUGGCGUUUAUCUUCAGGUCAUUUCGGCGUUUUGAUGAGCAGCUGCAGGAGGCCCACGGGAGGGCGGCUGAAGCACAAAAGAAGACUGAGAAGAUGCAAAUUAGUCUUUCCCAGGCGCGAGCCUGCGUCCGUGUAUUGCAACACCCGGAAAGGACGGAAGUUAAUACCCGUGCAUUAGAUAAAAGUGAUUUUAGGGAUAGGACGGAUGAAGGCAACCCUCAUCCGCUGUCACUGCUUUCGAUCGAUCGGCAGGGGGAAUGUGCCGACCUGCAUGCGUUGCGAGAGGAACACGCGGCACUCAAAACAGAAUGGCAGAAGUACGUCGAGCGGGAACGUAUGAUGCGACAGCAGUUGGUUUUAGCAACAAACCGCCACAGGGUGGAGAGGGACGACCUGGAGGCCAAAGCUGCAGAAGAACAACGUCGGCAUGCAGUCCUCACCGUGGAGGUGAAGCGCACGAAAAAAGACAUGAGGCAACGUACGAAGGAAGUGCGCCAGCUGCAGCAGCAGCUGCAAGAUGUGCGAAUGGAACUGGAACGUAGUGUGGACCGUUGCCGCGAUCUGGAGGGCCUUAACGAUACCUUAAAAGAGAAGAAUACUGUACUUCAAGACCGCGUGGAGACACAGCAAAAAGAACAUGCCCUACGUGAAGAGCAGCUACAAGAUCAAGUACGCACGAAGGAGACGUGGUGGGAUGAAAAGAACCGCACGUAUCAGGAGCACAUCGCGUCCCUCCAGCAGCAACUCCGUGAUGACAAAGACGGGUUUUUGAAGGAAUUGAAAGAAUGGACUGUUGUUCUUGACGAUGCGCAAAGGAAGAUUGCAGCAGCGGAGGGUGAGCGUGACAAGGAGAGGGCGCUGCGCUGUAUGAUGGAAGAACAGCACAGGGACGAGAUUCGGCUGAUUAAAAAUGUCACGAACAACGAAAAAAUGAAGUUGACGCGAGCGCUGCAAAAGAAAAUUGGCAAACUCGAGAUGGCUUGCAGGCGCAGCGCCGACGUCAUUGCAGAACUACGUGAGGCGCUGCACCGAAGCAAAGGCGCUGCCGUAGAUGAUAUAAUGUUGUGA